AUGGAGGAAUCUGAAGUGAGAGACGAGGAAGGAACAGAGGAGAAUGAGGCGGAGACUUGGCAAGAGACGUGUAGGAAAAUCUUGGCAAAAGAACGAAUAGGAUUGGAUGAUAUGACGGAGUUGACACAUGUUGAUGAUCACACUAUUGCUGAGAACUUGAGAAUACGUUUGGUUGAAGAACAAAUUUAUACAUGUAUUGGUCGAGUAUUAAUAGCUGUUAAUCCUUUUAAGAAAUUGAACAUUUACGAUAAAAGCUACGUUGCCGCGUAUCAUUAUUUCUUGGAAAUGAAACAGACGAAGAAAAGGACACAAACUUUAAACCACGAGGAUGCGUUGAAGUGUUCCACUGCGAGACUUCCAAGCCUGAUACAAUGCGAUAACACAAACAAUGAACAGAACCCAGGUGUUGAGUUGCCACCUCAUAUUUAUGCUCUUACAGACAACAUGUACAGGAACAUGAUGAUUGAGAGUGAAAAUCAGUGUGUGAUUAUCAGCGGGGAAAGUGGCGCUGGAAAAACAAUAUCAGCGAAAUAUAUUAUGUCAUACUUGUCAGAAGUUGCCAGUGGGGGAACACAGAAAAUUGAGGAAAUAAAAAAUAUUAUCAUUCAAUCUAAUCCUCUUCUUGAAGCAUUCGGAAACGCUAAAACAUUGCGCAAUAACAACUCUAGUCGUUUUGGCAAGUUUGUCGAAAUUUUAUUCAACAUGUCUGGACAACCUGAUGGCGGCAGGAUCUCAAACUUUCUUUUGGAAAAAUCACGUGUUGUGUCCCAGAACCCCGGAGAGCGUAACUAUCACGUGUUCUAUCAGCUGCUCAGAGGAUGUUCUGAAGAUCAGGCAGAAUCACUGGGUUUGCAACAUUCGGAUCCCGCAGAAUAUUAUUAUUUAAACCGCACUGGUGGAGUAUACGAUGUACCAGAUGCUGAUGAUAUGGAGGAAUUUCACGCUACUAUGAAUGCAAUGAGUGUUGUUGGGCUUCCUCCAGAACGACAAAAUAAUGUCCUGGAAAUAAUCUCAGCCAUUUUACAUCUUGGUAAUAUUCAGUUUAUUGAGGAUAACAAUGUGUCGGAGGUUGAGAAUCCCACAGAUUUAGUCAUUCCCGCACAACUUUUGGGAGUAGAUAAAGACGCUCUGAAAGAAAAAUUGGUCAGCCGCAUGAUGGAAGCACGUUGGGGAGGAAAAGUUGACAUUAUGAUGAUGACGCUAAAUAUUGAACAGGCCAGUAUCUCGAGAGACGCCUUGGCUAAAGCAUUAUACGCUCAACUUUUCGACUUCCUCGUCACGAUUAUCAAUAGUGCAAUGCAUAAGGAAAAGAUCGAGUUAUGUAUUGGUGUCCUGGAUAUUUAUGGUUUUGAGAUAUUCGAGACGAACGGUUUUGAACAGUUUUGUAUAAAUUUUGUUAAUGAAAAACUCCAGCAGAUUUUUGUCGAGUUAACGCUCAAAAGCGAACAGGAAGAAUAUUUGGAGGAAGGAAUAACAUGGACACCUGUGAAGUUCUUCAAUAAUAAGUUGGUCUGUGAUCUCAUAGAGAGCAAGGUUCCCCCGGGUAUAAUGAGCGUGCUUGAUGAUGUCUGUUUCACAGUUCAUGCAUCAGAAGGAUCGGACAGAACGCUAAUGGAGAAACUCAAGGCGGUUGUAGGAUCGGAAACCACGUACUCAAGAUAUUUCCGUGGACUUUCAACUCAUUUUGAAAUACAUCAUUAUGCUGGAAAGGUCCAUUAUGAAGCAACGCAUUUUUGUGAACGAAAUAAAGAUUCGUUAUUUGAUGACAUUAUUCAGCUGAUGCAAUCAAGUCAAAAUGAGUUUAUUCAAAGUCUCUUCAGUGAUAUGCCCGUAUCAUCUGGUAGACGAGGUCGCAGCUCCACAGGCAGCAGUAAAAUUAAAUCUCAGUGUCAAACCUUGAUUGAUCGAAUUAUGGCUUGCACUCCGCAUUAUGUAAGAUGUCUUAAACCCAGUGAAACAAAGGAACCUUUGGAUUGGCACGAUCACAGGAUUCUUCCUCAAAUAUCUUAUCUUGGUCUUCGUGAAAACAUUGAUGUUCGACGAGCUGGAUUUGCUUUUCGUAGACCUUUCGACAAAGUGAUUGACAGAUAUGAUGUCGUUUUACCAAAAGAUGUGUUUGACGGUGCUCGUGAUGACAAAGCUAAUACCUGUAAGGCUAUAAUGGAAACCGCCCAAUUCUCGCCCGAAAUUUGGAGAAUUGGAAAGACUAAAGUCUUCAUGAAGGAAUCUGAUAUGAUAACACAACUCGAACAUUUGCGCAGUGAUGCGUUAUAUGGUUAUGCUGCGAAAAUUCAAGCUGUUGCACGCGGAUUUCUUGCUCGACAAUAUUGCAAAAAGUUAAGAGAAAGAAUAAAAGCAACUAAGACACUUCAGAGAGCGUUCAGAAGUUAUGGAGGGAGGAGAAGACUUGACUACCGUCUUUCAGUAAAGCAAUGCUUGAAAAUUGUGAUCGACUACCUUAUAACUGAGAAUGCGAAGUCUACAGAAGGAACUGCACAUGAUGAAUCAAACGAGAUUUCUGAAUCGAAGGAAAUAAAUUAUUCGGAUGUUCCAAACGAGGAAUUAAAUGAGAUUUCUGAAUCAACGGAAAUAAAUUAUUCGGAUGUUACAAACGAGGAAUUAAAUGAGAUUUCUGAAUCAACGGAGAUAAAUUAUUCGGAUGUUCCAAAGGAAGGAUCAAAUGACAUUUCUGAAUCAACGGAAAUGAAUUAUUCGAAUGUUCCAAACGAGGAAUCAAAUGAGAUUUCUGAAUCAAAGGAAAUAACUGAUUUAGAUGUUCCAAAGGAGCCUACACCGUGUAUAUUCACUCAUGAAGAGACAGUAGAUCACGUUGGCUAUUAUUUCAACAAGACAUUGCAGAAUAUGACUGGUGAUCGUAGUAUAUUUUUUAGCUGUCAUGGAAAAGUUUUUGGCAAAAAUCGCAAGAUGGAAAACCAGAUUGUUGUACUCUCUUUGCAUAAUCUUUUAAAACAAUCAGUGGGGAAGAAAGCUCCGGUAUUGGCUAUACUUUAGUGCAUAAGCUGGACUACACAGAAGUUCAAGGUUUUUAUGUCAGCAUUCUAGAUACAGAUUUUCUCGUGCUAAAAAUGCAGUCGUUUGAUAUAAUCUUGGACACAAUUCACAAGAAUAGUUUGAU